UUCAUCUGGUCUGGUUCGAGGACGCAAACAGGAAGUGAGCAAGUUGUUGGUAACUAAAAAAAAAAAAUUCAAAAAAACAAAACAAAAACAGGAGCAGCGUUCCUAACGAUGUCACGGUUGUUUUUGCCAAACCGCUUCUGUGCCACAUGUCCCCUGCUGUCGGCGCGGGAGUUGACGCUACGAGCCGGAGCCCGAGUGAAGCAGCAGCGGAGCGUUUUUAUUCAGCAACAAAGGCGAUAUGUCGGAGGGUCAAACGCAGCCUUUUCCAAACACCGGACAAAGUCCAGGCUGUGGAUGUGCGGGCUUGGUGUGGGGGUCGCUUUAGCCGUGGGACUGAAAUACGGCGCUGACACCUCCAAGAGUUCGUGUGAUGUUGAAGUUGUAGGAGCAGAGAGGACCGACCGAUACAGCGCUGCAGUUAAAGUUAGCAGAGACCUUGUGGAGCGGAUAAAGGUAGGCACAGAGGCUGAGGUCGGGGCCCCUGGGUUGGUGGUUGGGGUCUCUGUGGAUGGUGCUCAGGUCUGGUGUGAAGGGAUCGGUUAUGCUGAUUUGGAGAACCGUGUGCCAUGCAGCCCAGACACGGUGAUGCGAAUCGCCAGCAUCAGUAAGCCGCUCACAUCUGCAGCUGCUGCGCGACUGUGUGAAGAAGGGAAACUAGAUCUUGACGUCCCAGUCCAGAAAUAUGUCCCAGAAUUUCCCCAGAAACGAUUUGAUGGACAGGCUGUCACAAUAACGCCUCGUAUGAUUCUGUCCCACCUAAGCGGCAUACGACAUUAUGAGAAGGAUGCAAAGAAAGUGAAAGAGGACAAAGAGAAAGCUAAGCGACUUCUAAAGCAACCAGUUAAAGAGAAAGAGGAUGAAAAGAGCUCAUCUGAAAACAAAGAUAAACCCACGACAGAACAGAACGCUAAAGGCAAAGAAGCCACUCAGACUCAGAAGAAAAAAGAGUUUGAGCAUGAGGAGUAUUACUUGAAGGACAACUUUGAAAGUGUCACUCAGGCCUUGGACCUCUUCAAGGACGACCCGCUCAUUUUCAAACCUGGAACCACUUUUUUGUACUCCACCCACGCCUUUACUCUGCUCAGUGCUGUUGUGGAGCGAGCUGCUGGCCAGCGCUUCCUGGAUGUCAUGAUGAACAUGUUUCGUGAACUGGGAAUGCUCAAUACUGUGCCUGACGAGAAUGACCCUAUUAUUUACCACCGCUCCAGAUACUAUCACCUCAACAAGAGAGGACGUGUUGUUAACUGCCCGUACGUAGACAACUCCUACAAGUGGGCAGGAGGCGGUUUCCUUUCUACUGUGGGAGACCUGCUGCUGUUCGGUAAUGCUCUACUCUACAGCUACCAGGUGGCCCAUCUAAAGGACACUGAGGGCUUGCUGUCUGGCUUCCUCAAGCCCAAAACCUCCAUAGAGCUGUGGGCACCAGUUGACAGGACAGAGGCUAGCUGGGAUAAAGAUGGAAUGUAUGCCCAAGGCUGGCUGGUAGUGGAGAAACUGCAGAGGUAUGGCCAGUGCAGGAAGCGCAGACACUACGUGUCGCACACAGGCGGCGCUGUGGGAGCUAGCAGUGUCCUCCUGGUGUUACCCAGUGAGGAGAUAGACCUGCGCCAAGGACAGAGCCCCCUCCUCCCACAGGGAGUGGUGGUCACCAUCAUCACUAACAUGCAGUCUGUGGGACUCAAUAGCACCGCGCUGAAAAUUGCGCAUGAGUUUGACAAAGCCCGGCGCCUGUAAGAGUAAGUUGUUUUCAAAAACAUCUGAGUUUACAUUUUACUGAGACGUGUUUCAGAUAAAACUUGUGAUCUUGUGUAAUUUUUAUAAAGCUUUUAAAUAUGUGCAGAAAGAUGUUUUAGGAAAUGAAAUAAAUCUUUAAAAUGUAUUUUAUAUACAUUUAAUGAAUUACAAAGUAAAUUCAAUUUUUUUUUUCCAAUUGCUUGGCAGACACUUGGCAGGGGAGCCAUUUUGCCACUAGGUGGAAGCAGUUCACUGCAAUUUUUAACAUGAAAAGGCCACUGACCUAAAUCAGUUUGUUGGCUUUAUAUAGAAGACAAUGCCUUUUCCCCACUAAAGGUUAACUGAACAAUCCAUUAUUAUCAGUACUUAAUAUAUUCAUUUCAUAGAAAUGAGAAGCAGUUGGUCGCUAUUUAAAGCAGCAGGUUAUGUUCGUGCGUCACAUGUAGUGACCUUUUUAGGGCCCACCCUGUCCUGAUAUUUCCUCAUAGCAUCUUGACGUGCUUUUAAAAAGAAACCCUGUUGUGUGUUGACCUAAUACCUUUGCUCCAUUCAGUAAUCAAAACAUUUUCACAAUGUCCUCACUGCUGUGCCAUCUUUCAGGAUCACUUUUAUAUUAUCCCUUUGUUAAAACGGACUUCACCCAAAAGCACAGUCUUGACUUUGUCUUUGAAUUCAACAAAACAAGAACAAUUC